GUUUUGGGUCCUCACAGGCUCCAUCAGCCUUCGAUAGUUGCUGCAGAUGUGAAGGAAAACGAUAGAAAAAUCUGUAAAAUAUUCUAAAAAAUCAAGUAAUUUUCAGACUUUGGACUCUUGGAUAUCCAGACAUGAAUCUAGAGCUGCUCGAGUCGUUCGGGCAGAACUAUCCAGAGGAGGCAGAUGGGACUCUGGACUGUAUCAGCAUGGCUCUCACCUGCACCUUCAACCGCUGGGGCACCCUCCUGGCUGUGGGGUGCAACGACGGCCGCAUUGUCAUCUGGGACUUCCUCACACGGGGAAUCGCCAAAAUUAUCAGCGCACACAUCCACCCAGUCUGCUCCUUAUGUUGGAGUCGAGACGGCCACAAGCUGGUGAGUGCUUCUACAGACAACAUCGUCUCACAGUGGGACGUCCUGACUGGAGACUGUGACCAGAGGUUCCGCUUUCCCUCCCCCAUCCUGAAACUGCAGUGUCAUCCUAGAGACAUGGACAAGGUAUUAGUGUGUCCCAUGAAGUCAGCGCCGGUCCUGUUGACGCUGUCAGACUCCAAACAUGUCAUCCUGCCCGUAGACGAUGACUCAGACUUAAACGUAGUGGCAGCUUUUGACCGGCGAGGAGAAUAUAUUUACACCGGCAACGCCAAAGGAAAGAUUCUGGUGUUGAACACAAACACUCAGGAGUUGGUGGCUUCGUUCAGAGUGACAACUGGCACCAGCAACACCACUGCCAUCAAAUCCAUCGAGUUUGCACGCAAGGGCAGCUGCUUCCUGAUCAACACAGCAGACCGGAUCAUCAGGGUCUAUGACGGCAGAGAAAUCCUGACCUGUGGCCGAGAUGGGGAACCAGAACCCAUGCAGAAACUACAGGACCUGGUCAACAGGACUCCCUGGAAGCGCUGCUGCUUCUCGGGGGAUGGCGAGUACAUCGUGGCUGGUUCGGCCCGACAGCACGCCCUCUACAUCUGGGAGAAGAGCAUCGGGAACCUGGUGAAGAUUCUGCACGGCACCAGAGGAGAGCUUCUCCUGGACGUUGCAUGGCACCCUGUUCGACCGAUCAUUGCCUCCAUCUCCAGUGGAGUCGUGUCCAUUUGGGCUCAGAACCAAGUAGAAAACUGGAGCGCCUUCGCCCCAGACUUUAAAGAGCUGGAUGAGAACGUGGAGUACGAGGAGCGGGAGUCUGAGUUCGACAUUGAGGAUGAGGAUAAGAGCGAACCUGAGCAGACAGGCGCAGACGCUGCAGAGGACGAGGAGGUGGACGUGACUUCUGUUGAUCCUAUUGUUGCUUUCUGCAGCAGUGAUGAGGAGUUGGAGGACAACAAGGCCCUGCUGUACCUGCCCAUCGCCCCCGAGGUCGAAGACCCGGAGGAGAACCCCUUCGGUCCUCCACCGGACACCUCGGUCCAGCCCGGUGCUACGGAGGACGCGUCGGCCGGCGGCGACAAGAAGCAGCGGCAGCCUUCGUCUGAGGGGGGUCCAGCCAAGAAGAAGGCCCGGACCACCAACAUCGAGCUGCAGGGGGUGCCCAGCGACGAAGUGCACCCCCUGCUGGGCGUGAAGGGGGACAGCAAGUCCAAGAAGAAGACCGCAGGCCGGCCCAAAGGCUCCAAAGGGAGUCUCGUCUCACAGUUGUACAAACAGCACGAGCUCGGAGGGAUGGACUGACCGUAAGCUCCAACAGACCCACGCCUUCCUGUUGUGUACAGAUUCUCCUUCCUGCAGACCGUUUCCUCCUCCAGUCGGAGCGCGACGAGCCCCUGGGCUGGACCAGACAGGAAGCGUGCACUCCGUCUGUCGGGCCUGUCAUGUAUAGAACACCCCCCCACCCUUAGUGUGUCGUUCUCGUCCUGUUUUUCUACAUUAAA